CACCGAUACUGACACAUACUCCAUGGAGUCCUCCAUAGCCUUGCGACCGAACGAUAAAACCGCGAGAAAGUGAUAAGGUCUCCAAAAAAAUUGCACUCGUCUUACUAUACUCCUCAUUCACGCCUUCGCAAUGCGAUUCUGGUCGCGAAAGAAAAAGACACACCAGCCCGGCAAGGCUGGGGUACACCACCACGCCCAAGGAGCGGAUGACGAAGAAGCAGAUCAAUGGGCAAACAUGCAAUCAGAUAGCCUGAUACUUGUCAUGGGUGUAACAGGCGCUGGCAAAAGUUAUUUCAUCAAUCAACUGAAGCCCAAUUCAGUUGCAGAGGGUCAUGGCAUUCGAUCCGAGACCAGGGCUUGCAAACUCGUUCAGAUGCAGAUCGGAGCAUGCACCGUAGCUGCGGUCGAUACGCCAGGUUUUGACGACGACGAUGACAGCGAUGCCGUGGUGCUAGCCAAAAUCACACACUUUUUGAUCACACAAUACCGCCUGGGCAUUCCUCUCAAAGGCAUUAUCUUCCUACAUAGCAUCACCACGAUCCGCUUCUCAGGCUCCCACAAGCGCUAUCUCGAUACUUUUCGUCAGAUCUGCGGGGACGAUGCGUUCAAGAACGUAGCACUCGUCACUACGAUGUGGCACAACGAGAAGCAAGCUAUCGGCCUGAGACGUGAGGCUGAGCUGCAGACCGGGCCGUGGUCUGAUCUCAAAGCCAAAGGUGCGGAUGUGUUCCAGUACAACGGGACUGCCGACAUGGCGCAAGCGAUUGUCGGCCGGUUGAUGAUGAAACCAGACGUGGAGCUGAAGAUUCAGAAGGAACUGUUGAAGAAUCCGAGUGCUGAGCUCAACAGCACCACUGCAGGUGCUGGUAUCGCAUCGCAAAUAGAGAGGAAGCUACAAGCAACUCAGCAAGAGAUACAGACAUUGACCGUGAGGAUUGAGGAAGCUGAGGCUGCACGAGACACGUUGAAAGCGCGUCAUCUUCGCAGGGAGCAGGAUAAAGAGAGGGAAAAGCAGCUCAAACAGAUGAAGUCGAUAGACGCUUUGCGGCCAAAGAUUUUCGAAGAGACUGGUGAAAGGAUCGAGGAGGUUGAUAGUCAGGGCAGAGCAAGAGGACAGAGGAAGAGCAAGCUGCAAAUUUUCGUCAGUGUCCUAGGGAUGAUCACAGGGCUCACUUUUAGUCUCAUAUUACCAUUAGCAGGAGUAUCGAUAGGAUCGUAGUUGCAGACUUCAUUGAUUGCAGUGUCUUCUGUCAGGCUUCCAAAUGUCACCAUCUGCCUGUUGUUACCACGUAUCCAUGGUGUUCACUUUGUUGACCUCGGCUCUUGUG